ACAACUUUGACAAAACGGUCAUAUUCUCAGAAAAUAUUAUACUCAUGACAAAUAUGAGUCACGAGCAGACAGAAACCAUCCGUGUGUACAGAUCCUUCGUUUAGAAUUUGAACUCAUUCCUGACUUCAAUGAGCUCGGGAAGCAGUGUUUGAAUAACGCUUCCUUCACGGAUCGUCCACAAGAGCAGAUUUAGGAAACGCGCGACGGGACACUUGAGCCAUUCAACUCUAGGGCAAUACCAAACAUAGUCAGUGAGAGCCUACCGCUGUCUGGAGAAGCAUGUCAUGUUCAAGUUUUAAAAGUGUAAUAAUUUGAGAGAGAGAGAAAGGGCGCACCAAAAUGGAUAACAGGUCUUCAGUUACAGAAUAUCUUCAAUCUCGGAACGACGAGUAUGCUCUUGAAAAUCUGGUGGCCAUGAUCUUCCUCGGCCUGAUAAUGUUUGUUGGCUUCGUGGGCAAUUGUCUAGUAUUCCUUGUCUACUUAACGAAAAUGAAACCUUCAACUACCCGCUGUUUUAUUCUGGCGUUAUCCACCCUCGAUUUCGCCACCUGCUUGAUCUGCAUCCCUGUUGACAUCGUCGACAUCAGGUACAAGUUCACCUUCGGAGAGUUUGGAAGUACUCCCUGCAAGUUGUCGGCCAUGUUUGUGAGCUUCACCUCGUUUGCUUCCGGUAACAUUCUGGUUGCCGUGGCCGCUGUUCGACACAAGAAGGUCUGCUACCCUACAGGGCCUCAGACGUCUAUCAAGGCUGCAUUUAUUGCCAUAUUUCUGUCCUGUGUCUCUUCAUUUACUUUUUCUAUUCCCCCGACUAUCUUAUACGGUGGUCAGACAAAGGUUCUAUCUGAAGGCGUUAACGCGACGUUGUGCACGACGUCAGACUUCUACGUAAACACAAGGCUCCCUCUUGCUUACAACGGCUUCCAGUUUGUGCUGUUCGUGGCAGCAAUGGCAACACUAUCGACCUUGUAUGUUCGGAUAUGGAAAGGGGUGGCCCGGUUUGCCGAUGUAAAGAAGUGGUCGUGGAAAAACAAAGACGUCGAUAACAGUGACUCUGGAUUUGUUUCGAAGAAUCACGUUUCAGUUUCGAAACACAGCACUCAAGAAAGCGUAAGUUUCGAAGUACAUGUCAGCACCACAGGCAAGGGUAAAACACCUCCGCUUUCAGACAAAUCCUGCCUCGGGAGGAGUGAUACUAUCAUCAGACGUCCAUCUAAACGUCAGAGGACAGCGCGUAGAACGACCUUGAUGCUGUUCAUCAUAAGCCUCGCCUUCGUGGUUAGUUUUCUUCCACAUCUGACGUUAAUGGCUGUGCGAGCAUUACACCGGGACCGCAUUGAAAACCUCGCAGGGCCGGCGUUGGCAGCAUACAACAUAUUCCUGAGAUCCUACUUCAUCAACUGUGCAGCUAACCCCUUCAUCUACAGUUACUGCAACGUGAACGUCCGUAAAGAGAUCGCGGCUGUUGUCAGUUUAAGGCAUUUUAGGAAGUGAUUCGUUGUCAGAUGAAUAUGAUUAGCCACUUUAAACUUCAACUUGACUUCAGUUGCAAUACAAUGAGAUUAAUUAUAAUAGUUUGUUUGUUUGAUGUUUAACGCCACACUCAGCAAUAUCCCCGCUAUAUAGCUGCGGCCUGUAAAUAAUCGAGU